AUGCAGGAGCAGCAGCAGCAGAAGCAGCAGCAGCAGCAGCUGGAGCAGCAGGGGGCACAGCGGAAAUGCAGUGCUGCUGCUCCUGUUGACAGCCAGCAGAGCGCCUGCUGCAGCGCCGAUGCAACUGCAGCAGCAGCAGCAGCAAAAGCAGCGGCAGCAACAGCAAAAGUUAACGCAUCAACAAACGCCAAGUCAGCAGCAGACACAUUAGCAGCAGCAGCAGAAAAACUGGAGAGAGCAGCAGAAAAAGAAGCAGCAACGAACGCUUCGGCGGCGGUAGCAGCAACAGCAGCAGCGGCUGCAGCAGCAGCAGCAGCAGCAACAGCAACAGUAGCAGCAGGUAAAGAGUCUUCGGCUCCAGCAGCUGUUCAAGAUGCAGCAGCAACAACAGAUUCGCAGCCCACAACAACAGCAGCAACAACAGCAGAGGCAACAGCAGCAGCAACAACAACAAAUGAGGCAACAGCAGCAGCAGCAACAACACCAGCAGAGGCAGCAGCAGCACCAGCAGCAACAACAGAAGCAGCAAUGGCAGCAGCAGCAACAACAGCAAAGACAGAAGCAGCAGCAUCAACAGAUGGGCGAGCUUCAGCGAUAGGAGCAGCAGCAGAGGCGGGCAACACAGCAGCAGCAGCAGCAGCAGCAGCAGCAGCAGCAGACAAUGCAUCAGGGAUAUUUGCUGCUGCAUUUGUGGAGCUGCAGCAGCGUGGAGGGCUGCUGCACCGGCUGUCUCCUCAAACUAUCGCGUUGCUGCUGCAGCAAACCAAAGAUUCUGCUGCUGCCCGUGCAAUGCUGUGCACUUUGCAGCCUCGCGCUGCUGCUGCUGCUGCUGCUGCUGCUGCUGCUGCUGCUUCGCUGCUGCUGCGGCUGCCCAGAGGGCCCCCGAGGUGUCUCCUCGACUUUGUGCUGCAGGACAUUCGAUUGUACGCCAUGGCCCUUAGAAAUAGGCUGCGGCAGCAGCAGCAGCAGCAGCAGCAGCAGCAGCAGCAGCAGCAGGUCCAGAAUGAGGAGCAGAAGCAGCAGCAGAAAGCGGAUGAGCUACAGGGGCAAGAGAUGAAAAAGGCUUCGGCUGCUGCUGAAGCUGAGGGGGAAGAAAAGGCAGCAGCAAACCAAGAGAGCAGCAGCAGCAAUGACAGCAGCAGCAGCAGCAGCAAUGACAGCAGCAGCAGCAAUGACAGCAGCAACAGUGACAGCAGUAGCAACGAAGUAGACUGCAAACCUGCCCUGGAAUUGCUGCUGCUGCUGUGCAGCAGCAGCAGCCCAGCAGCCCUGUAUGAAUCCCUAAUUUUGCCUGCAGUGCCGAGUUUGCUGCUGCUGCUGCAGGAGCCGUCGCUUGCUGCUGCUGCUGCUUCGCUGCUAGGCGAGCUGUCUGUACACCGCAGGCUGCGCAAGGAAAUGGCCAGAAUUGCAGCAGCAGAUGAAACCACAGCAGGCCUGCUGCUGCACUGGGGAGCAGCAGCAACAGCAGCAGCAACGGGAGCAGCAGCAGCAGCUUGCAAGGAAAGGGGGAGUUGCCGGCUCUCGCUGCAGCAGCGGGUCUGCUGCUACGCCGAAGCUGUGCUGCAGCAGCAGCAGCAGCAGCAGCAAGAGCAGCUGCUGAGUACAGCUCACAGGUGUCUGUGCAACUUUUCUCUUGAGGCCCCAAUGCGGAAUGUCCUGCAGCAGCAAAUAAUGAAGCAGCAGCAGCAGCAGCAGCAGCAGCAGCAGCAGCGCGGCGGAGUUCUGCUGCAGGCGCUGCUGCCCACAGCAGAAGAGUCACGGGCAGCAGCAGCAGCAACGGCACCAUCAGCAGCAGCAGCAGCAGCAGAAUCAGUUUGCAAUAAACUGGACUUGCUAAUUAACAUAACAAAAAACCCUCAAAUAAGAAUGGGGAUCUGCAGCAGCAAAGCAGCAGCCGCACAGAUAUCCCUGCUGCUGCAUGAGCUGACCAGCAGCAGCAGGAGCAGCAGCAGCAGCAGCAGCAGCAGCAGCAGCAGCAGCAGCAGCAGCAGCAGCCGCAGCAGCAAGGCGAAGGAGCACCGAGGCGCUCUGAAUUUAGCAGCAGCAGCAGUGCCGAAGCUUUUGCUGCUGCUCUUCUCCGAAGGGCAGCACCGGCUGCUGCUGCUAAACCAGCUUUUUGGGCUGCUGCUGAAUCUGACCACCGAUGCUGCUGCUGCUGCUGCUGCUGCCAGUGAGCCAUCAGCAGCAGCAGCAGCUGCUGCAGAGUUUGUAAAGGGCUUGUGCCUCUCUGAGGUGGCAGUCGCCGUGGCAGCUUCCGUUGCAGCAGCAGCAGCUGCUGCUGCUGCUGCAGCACAGUCUAAUGGAGAGGAAGCAGCAGCAGCUGCAGCAGCGCCGCAGCUCCUGUCGCGUUCUCUCUCCGUCUGUGCGCGCAUUCUGCAGCAUCAGCAGCAGCAGCAGCAGCAGGAAGCAGCAGCAACAGAUUUCACUGCUGCUGUUGUGGUAGCGGAAGGUGCAGCAGCAGCAGUGCUGCGGGAUGCUGCUGGCCGCGGGUGCUGGGGUGGAGCAGCAGCAGCAGCAAUCCGGCUGCUGUCUGUGUCAGCGCAGCGGCAGCAGCUGCUGGAGAGGGCAGCAGCAGCAGCAGCAGCAGCAGCAACAGCAAAAACUUCGAAGCCAGGGGCGGCAGCAGCACCUCAGCUGCUGCUCACCGACCUGCUGCAGCUGCUGCAUCGACUGCUGCUGCUGCUUGUUUCAAAAGGGCGCAGCACCAGCUCAACAGCAGCAGCAGACCCAGCAGCAGCAGCAGCAGACCCAGCAGCAGCAGCAGACGUGUUUAGCUCCCUUGGGAACGCCCUGGUGCUCUUAACCAGCAUUUUGCGCAUGCAACUAGCCCCACAGCAGCAGCAGCAGCAGCAGCAGCAGCAGCAGCAGCAGCAGCAGCAGCGCGAUGCUGUUGUGCCGCUGCUGCGAGCAGCAGCAGAAGCCCUGGACUUCGAGCAGCAGCAGCAAGUGCAGCGCAACGCAGCAAUUUGCAUAGCCACAGCAGUGCAGCACUCUGAGGUGUACAGACACCUCUUCUGGAAGCAGCCCCUCAUCAGCAAAGUCAUCUCUUCCGCAAAACAUGCCAUCGGCCCCAGGUAG